UGGUGUUUCAAUGUAUGGCAUAAAACAUGUGCUGAUGUUAUGGUGUGUUGUCUUAACAUUGAUUGAAAUUAUUUGUUGAUAAUAACCAGUCUUAACAAGUGAUCCAUUGGUGACGACAACUAGAUUUAUAAGAUAAUGGCUGAAGUGGUUGAGUAUAACAUUGAGAAGACAAUCAGUGAAUUGGAACAAUUGGAAAGAUAUGGACUUUUGACAGACAUUGAGAUCAAAGCCAUUAUCAAAAAGAGAAAGGCUUUUGAAUAUCGACUGCAGAGGAAUACGAAGAUUAAAGAGGAUUAUCUCAAAUAUAUUGCUUACGAGCAAUCGUUAAUGAAGUUAAUCCAUUUAAGAAGAGACAAGAGUGGCAUUAAAUACAAGACGGCACACAUUGAACACAUGAUAUCAUUACAUAUCAUGUCUUUGUAUCGCAAAGUAGUCUUCAGGAACCAGUUUGACGUUCAGAUGUGGCUCACAUUUAUUGAUUUUUGCCGAAACAACAAAUCAUUAGCUAAAGUGUCGUCUAUUUAUACGCGAAUGCUUUCCGUUCACUCCAACAAAGACUGGCUUUGGAUCAGAGCCGCAAAGUUUGAGUUUGAGGACAACAACUCUCCCGAAACGGCCAGAAAUCUACUUCAACGAGGAAUUAGAUUUAAUAGUGAUUCUCGUCUUCUUUGGCAUCAAUACUUCAAACUUGAGCUCAUGUUUUGCACAAAAAUCCGUAAACGACGUGAAGUUCUUGAACUAAACGUUCCCACUAUUAGUGAAAACAAUAGUAAAGAACAGAUCGAUAAUGAAGAACAAGUAGUUGACAAUAUGAAAGACGAGGUCUAUAACGGAGUCAUUGCUUGUAUUGUCUACAAGAAUGCUGUCCUCACUUUCGAUGACUUUGAGUUCGCCGCACACUUUCUUCCCAUUUGUUCACAGUUUGAUCACAGACUUACUGAACGACAUAAAGAUAUGAUAUAUGAAGACUUGAAAUUAAGAUUUGCUUCAUUAGAGAAAACAUGGGAUCUGAUGGCUAAACGUAUUAUAGAAGAUGGAAAUGCAAUGAUUCAAUUGGAUGACACUUUAACUGAAGCUGAAGAACAAUUAAAGAAAAAAGAGUUUGAAAGACAAGUAAUUGGUUUAUUUGAAACAAAGAUCAAUGAAUUUAAAAGUGAAAACAUUUGGACACAUUAUAUAGAAUAUAGAUUACAACAGUUGUCUAAAUGUAAAGAAGAGACCAAAAAAAGAGAGAUAUUAUUGAAAGGAUUGGAUGUGAUUGAGAGGGCGUGGAAUCAAAAUUGUUUGUCUACUCAGAUGUUUAAAGAGUGGAUCAAACUUUACUUUUCUACUGAAGACAAAUAUGAUAAUUGUAUGAAAAUUAGUCAAAUUAUAGUUAAAGGUUGUGAGCGAUGGUCCGAUAAUAUGGAUAUUUGGCAUUUCUGUAUACCCUAUGUCAUGAAAAUUGAUUCCAAGAGUGAAAUUAAGUGCUUCUUUGAAAAGAUUUUACAUAAAUUUGGUUAUAAGGAGAUCAGUGACGAGUCUAUUACAAUAGUUUUUGAUAUUUGGGAACAAUAUAUCAAAUGGUCGACUGUGUAUUUAAAACCAAUUGAAGUGAUGAAUAUAACGAAAAAGUUAUCUAAAUUAAGUUCAGGAAAAACUUCAAAACAAAUCAAUGAAUAUAUGAAACCCAAAAUAUUGGACGCACUUAACUCUGUCUAUGGUCUUGAAAAGACUCGACAUUAUUAUCAUUCAUACAAAAAAUUUCCCCCAAAUUUGUUAUCAUUUCAUAGAAAAAUGUUGGAAAUUGAAAAACAAAACGCAAAUCCAAAUUAUCAUUUAAUUCAUGGCAUACAUGAAGAAAUUGUCAAUAAUUUUGGCUCAAAUGAUGCCACACUUUGGAUCGAUUAUGUGAUGUUUGAGAUGAAAUACAACGCCAACAAAGUGGCAGAUAUUUACUACAAAGCGGUUAAACAGUUGACACCCGAAGAGUCGGAUAAAUUCAUACAAAACUAUUCUAUUCUUAAAUCAAAUAAUUUUCAUUUAGACUUAAAUAUUGAAUAAAUAUUUAUUAAAUUAAAUUAUUA